UAAGUGAAUCUGGACAGUUUCCUUAUUUUUAUGACAUAGCCAGCAGUAUAAUGGUGGACUUGUGAGGAUUAAAUAAAUAUGUGUACAGAAUAGGACAGAGAGACCUGAUCUAUAGUAACUACCCAAUCAUGGAAGGGAAGUGGUUACUGUGUGUGUUACUAGUCCUCGGCACUGCUGUUAUUCGGGCUCAUGAUGGACAUGAUGAUGAUAUGAUUGACAUUGAAGAUGACCUUGAUGAUGUCAUUGAAGAGGUAGAAGAGUCAAAAUCAAAACCAGAUACCAACAGUCCUCCAUCUCCAAAGGUUACCUACAAAGCUCCAGUUCCAACAGGAGAAGUUUAUUUUGCCGAUUCCUUUGACAGAGGAUCUCUGUCUGGGUGGAUUUUAUCCAAAGCCAAGAAAGAUGACACUGAUGAUGAAAUUGCCAAAUAUGAUGGAAAGUGGGAGGUAGAUGAGAUGAAGGAAACGAAACUUCCAGGAGAUAAAGGACUGGUAUUGAUGUCCCGGGCCAAGCAUCACGCCAUCUCUGCUAAACUGAACAAGCCCUUUGGAUUUGAUAUCAGGCCUCUCAUUGUUCAGUAUGAAGUUAAUUUCCAAAAUGGCAUAGAAUGUGGUGGUGCAUAUGUGAAACUGCUUUCCAAAACACCAGAGCUCAACUUGGAUCAUUUUCACGACAAGACCCCCUAUACGAUUAUGUUUGGUCCAGAUAAAUGUGGAGAGGACUAUAAAUUACACUUCAUUUUCCGACAUAAAAAUCCGAAGACGGGUGUAUAUGAAGAAAAGCAUGCCAAGAGGCCGGAUGCAGAUCUGAAGACCUAUUUUACUGAUAAGAAGACCCAUCUUUACACAUUAAUCUUGAAUCCAGAUAACAGUUUUGAAAUAUUAGUUGACCAAUCUGUUGUGAACAGCGGGAAUUUGCUAAAUGACAUGACACCUCCUGUAAAUCCUUCACGAGAAAUUGAGGACCCAGAAGACCGGAAGCCUGAGGACUGGGACGAACGACCUAAAAUACCAGAUCCAGAUGCUGUCAGGCCAGAUGAUUGGGAUGAGGAUGCCCCUGCUAAGAUUCCAGAUGCAGAGGCCACAAAGCCUGAAGGUUGGUUAGAUGAUGAGCCUGAGUAUGUACCCGAUCCAGAUGCAGAGAAGCCAGAAGACUGGGAUGAGGACAUGGAUGGGGAAUGGGAAGCCCCUCAGAUUGCCAACCCUAAAUGUGAGUCAGCCCCUGGCUGUGGGGUCUGGCAGCGACCUAUGAUUGACAACCCCAAUUAUAAGGGCAAAUGGAAGCCUCCCAUGAUUGACAACCCUAACUACCAGGGAAUCUGGAAACCCAGGAAAAUACCAAAUCCAGAUUUCUUCGAAGAUCUGGAACCCUUCAAGAUGACUCCAUUUAGUGCUAUUGGUUUGGAGCUGUGGUCCAUGACUUCUGACAUUUUUUUCGACAACUUUAUUAUUAGUAGUGAACGAGGAGUAGUUGAUGAUUGGGCCAGUGAUGGGUGGGGCCUGAAGAAAGCUGCUGAUGGAGCUGCAGAGCCAGGCGUGGUGGGGCAGAUGCUUGAGGCAGCUGAGGAGCGCCCAUGGCUCUGGGUGGUCUACCUUUUGACUGUAGCCUUGCCUGUGUUUCUUGUAAUCCUCUUCUGCUGUUCUGGAAAGAAACAGUCCAGUGCUGUGGAGUACAAGAAGACUGAUGCUCCUCAACCAGAUGUGAAGGAGGAGGAAGAGAAGGAAGAAGAAAAAGAUAAGGGUGAUGAGGAGGAGGAAGGUGAAGAGAAGCUUGAAGAAAAACAAAAAAGUGAUGCUGAAGAAGAUGCUGGCACUGUUAGUCAAGAGGAGGAAGACAGAAAACCUAAAGCAGAGGAGGAUGAAAUUUUGAACAGAUCACCAAGAAACAGAAAGCCGCGAAGAGAGUGAAACAAUCUUAAGAACUUGAUCUGUGAUUUCUUCUCCCUUCCCUUCCCUUGCAAGUGUGGUCCUAAGAGAGGACCUGGCCUCCCUUCGGUUGAAACUCUGAAAACCUCAGACAUCAUCAACAAGUUCCAGCUGAACACUAGUUUGUGUAAUUUUAAACAUCUAGCAGUAAAUAAUUGCAGUUGUGACACAAAGGAAGGACCCUGUUUCUAUAGAAGAUAAAACAUUUAACAUAAUGGUUGUGAAAUGUAACAUAAAGCAGCUAACUUGUGUUUUUUGUUUUAUUUUGUUUUUUAAACACCUUUUAAAAAUAGAAUCGUAAAACCUUGCCACUCUAAAAUUUUGGCUUAAUUUAAUAUAUUAAUCUGUCCAUGCAGAAAUAACACCAACAUUUAGAAAUACUAGAGGAAUGAGUUGCAGUUUUUAUAAUAAUUUUUUUUAAGUUUGGUAUUGAAAACAUUCAAAUGUCUCCAUCCCUUCUAAUUGAUAAUCAUGCUUAAAGUGCAGUCAUUUGUGUUUAUAAUGCUUUGCUUGCUCCCACUACUAAAUUCCUCCUAAGGAAAUCGAGGCGGGAUUGGAUAGAAGCCCAAAUUUAUAUAAAGGUUUUGUUAAGUUGUAUUAAAAAGACAUAUAAAACAUACCUUUUCCCUUGAUGUUGGUUAGACCGUCAGGUGCAUGUGUUCUGUUGCCCUUGGAACUACUUGAUUUCCAGACAGCUUUGCAGUUAGUGGAGGAGGUGGCUUUAAUGCAGCACUUGGGCAUUCCUGCUUCACACACAGGGAGGCUCUGGCGCGCCUUGGGAGCAGGUGUCAGGAACACUGACAGGGCAUGUGAGCUCCCGAGUAGAUGUUUCCGUCACUUGUUCACUGUGUUGACACUGUUUUCCUUACCUAUUCCCCUAGUUCCCAGCUUUCUCCUCUGCUAUGCAUUUUCUUCACAGCGCAGCUUGUAGACCGUUGUUGAAAAUGAUUAUAAAGCUCUGCAUAGUGUUAGCUUUAUUGUGAUUACAUGUUUCUUUUCUUUCUAAAGCAGACCCAUACCUUUCUGGGGUCAAAGUACAGAAUAGAAUAUACACUUUGAUUUUUUUUUUCCAUUUCUUUUGUUCUGUGUAGACUUUAGAAGUCUAAUCCAGAGGUGGGCCAAUUCAGAACUGACUGUAAUUGAAUACAGGCUAAAAGUAUUUAUGGGAGGAGUGACAUAUAGCAUCCGAGUUAUCUGAUUUUUGUUGGAUAUUUUAAGUCUUCAUUUGCAGUUGAUGUAACAGUCGUUGUCUUAAAUUUACACAAUAAAGCAGUCCUGUUUUUUAAUGUGGCUUGAAGAAUUUUUUUUCAGAAGCAAUUUUAGGUUUGUUUUUUCUUGUGGAAUGCAAAUGGGUGCUAUCAAAGCCUCUCAUCACUAGAGUGUAAUCAGAUGAUUAUUAUGCCACACUGAGAUGUAUUCAGAAACAGAUGUUGUUGCAGCUUUAUUCUUUGUUUAGAAGUCUUUCACUUGUACUGAGGAUGCUGCUCCUUGCACUGAAUAUAUAAACACUCCAUGGUGUUUAUAGUGGGGAGCCUUGGGGGA